UUGACGUUUCAGCUUUUUCCUUCUUUUCUCCAUCUUCAUCUCUUUUUUGAAGGUGUCUCUCAUAAACUAAGGUGUCUGUCUGAGACAAGCACUGCCCGUUCGUUUUGAGACCCUGCGCCCUGACAUUCUUUGGGUUAUCCCAGUCAUUCAUUAUCCGCUUCUAUUUUCGUACCUUGCUGCCUGUUCCAACGGUAAUCUCCAGGGCUUGGUCAACCAGCUAUUUACAAUCCUUUCUUUGCUCAUCAUCAUCAACAUUUGUGUUUCGCACCUUUCGCCAAACUCGGCUUCGCGCGCCCCGCCCUCUCCUUACCUGCGGAGCACCAACUGUAUCUCCGCGACACCAUUGACUCGAACUGUUGGACUGUGCAUUGCAACAGGCACUUUGAGGGGAUUCGAAGGAGGAUUGUGGAAUAUAAUUACACAAUCGCUCUCGACAAUCGAAUGAUUCCUCGCUUUUAGCCUAGCGCUUUACAACAUCUUAUCGCCAAGAUGAGUCCCGCAAAUGUCCCGCUAUGGGCCCGAGGCACUGCCAGUGAGCUCGAAUCGGUGCCCUCAACAUUCUCUAGCUGGGACAAAUGUAUGGCCAAGUCCUAUUGCAAGUGGCCCGUUAUCGCCGGUAUCAUUGUCGGAUCCGUGAUCCUACUCGCCGUAUUAGCAUGUGUGGUCAAUUGCAUAUGCUGUGGCUACCAAUGCUGCAAGUGCUGCUGUAGCUGUUGCUGCCCAUCCGGCCGGCGUAGAAACAAGCAGCCGAAGCAACCAAAGCACUUCGAUGACCCUCCAUUCCACCAGCCUCCGCCGCCUGACGCGAACCCAAUCUAUCAAGCAUCUCCUGCUCCGCCCUCGUACCGCGGUGCGCAACAGACUGCGCGCUUUGAUACGCCCAAGUCUCCUGCCGCCACGGUCGCUACGGCUAAUGAUGAUGCUUUGCCCGAGAUGCCUACUUGGGCUGGUGCCGUCAACAAGCAUGUCGAAGACCCGAAUCACCAUGAUGACGUUGAAAUGGAGCCCUUGAAUCCUCCGGACAGGAAGGGCGCUGGGACUCCCGGUGUUGCGUACUCUGAUUACUCUCCUAACCCAGCCAUGGCCGGUGGAGGGUACAGAGGCUUUGGACCUACCGAUCCCUAUGCGCGACGCUCCCCCGGCCCAGCGGCCGCAUUGGCUGCUACUCAGGAUCCAUAUGGGCGUCGUUCUCCAGGUGUGACAUCCCCCGGUGGACCUAUGGAUCCCUACGCCAGAAGAUCCCCCGGUCCAGCAGCACUCUCUGCCACUCAAGAUCCAUAUGGCCGCCGCUCACCAGGCCCGGCCGCAGCAUUGGCCGCCACGCAAGACCCUUACGGACGACGUUCCCCAGGCGUAACAUCCCCUGCCGCUGCCGCCGCAGUCGAUCCCUACGCAAGACGAUCCCCAGGCCCAGGAGCAGCAUACGCAGCCGCACAAGACCCCUACAACCGCCGCUCCCCAGGCCUGACCUCGCCCGUAGGUGCCCCAGUCCACAACCCCUACGACCAAUCCUACGACGACCACUCUACCUACGGUAGCCAAUACCACGCCGUCACAUCCCCCUCCCCAGUGGCUGCCUACAAACCCCACACCACCUACAGCCCCGUCCCAAUGUCCUUCACUCCAUCCUCGGAAAUGGACCACGGCGCAGGCGCCGCCCCCACUCCUGGCUUUACCCGCCAGCCCUCGUUCGGCUCGAGUCAGUAUCCUCCUACUUAUACCUCCCAGCCUGCGUCUGCGUAUAGGGCUUUCUCUCCUACGUCGCCGGCUUCCCCGCCGCCUCCUUUCCCUGCUCCUUCGCCUUCCGAGUAUACCACUUAUAACCCCCAUGCCAUAUCUUCACAACCGGCGGCUCCUGAGCCGGAUACUACGAGACCUCCUAGUUUGUUGCAGAGUGGGCCUAAGCCUAAUGCUGCGCAUAACUUCUGAAGCUGGCAUGGCUCUCUUCUGUUCUCCUCUUU